ACAAUUAACUCGUUGUAAAGCGUUACCACUAUGCGCCCUUCCUGAGAGGAAACCGAAUGCAAAGCAGCAGUUGCUAGCGCACAAAUCUCAAGCUGCUUGUGACUUGCAAACUUGCUAGCUUGUCCCGAUACAUCAGUGGCUCAAUCAAAAUAAAGGGUGUACGCUGAGAAUCACAGCCCGCGAUUUUUUUUGUAUAGCGAUCUUCUUCUUUCGGCUUGUUCCCCAUUUCACAGGGGUCGCCACAGCGGAUUUGAUAGUUUCUAUCGGUACACUGUGAGGGCACAGAGUUUUUGUUUUUUAUAGCAAUAUCACUGAAAUGACUGGAAUGGCUUCUCCAGAGAAGACAUCAGGCUCCAAGAAGAAGAGUGAAAGAAAGUGUGCCACAAAAGAGGAGGACAGACAACUGUCCAGCUUGAUGGGAGCCAUGAACAACUUUAGGAAGCAGGUUACUCUCUGUGAUGUGGUCCUCGUGGUCCAGGGCAGACACUUCCCUGCCCACAGAGUGGUGCUGGCAUCUGCUAGCCACUUUUUCAGCCUCAUGUUCACCACCAGUAUGAUGGAGUCAAAAUCCCAUGAGGUGGAGCUACGAAAUGCUGACCCAGAGAUAAUUGAGCUGUUGAUUGAGUUUAUCUACACCGCCCGAAUUUCAGUGAACAGCAGUAACGUCCAGUCACUGUUGGAUACAGCCAACCAGUAUCAGAUCGAGCCAGUGAAGAAGAUGUGUGUCGAGUUCCUCAAAGGACAGAUUGAUCCUACUAACUGCCUGGGUAUUUCAGCGCUGGCAGAGUGUAUGGAUUGUUCGGAGCUGAAGGCAGCAGCAGAGGACUUUGUUCAGAUUCACUUUACCGAGGUCUACAAGCUGGAUGAGUUCCUUCAGCUGGACGUCAAACAGCUCACACACCUUCUGCACCAGGACAAACUCACUGUCCGCGCCGAGGCCCAGAUUUACGAUGCAGCGGUGCGCUGGCUGAAGUACGACGUAUGUAACAGAGAGCGCUAUAUGGUGGAAGUGCUGGGCUGCGUCCGCUUCCCACUGGUCUCCAAAACCUUCCUGUCAAAGACGGUACAGGCUGAGCCCCUCAUUCAGGAUAACCCCCAGUGCCUCAAGAUGGUCAUCAGUGGGAUGCGCUACCACCUGCUGUCCCUGGAGGACCGGGAGGACCUGGGCGAGAGCAGCCGGCCGCGUCGCAAGAAGCACGACUUCCGCAUCGCUCUGUUUGGAGGCUCCCAGCCGCAGUCCUGUCGCUAUUUUAACCCUAAGGACUCUAGCUGGACUGACAUUCGCUGCCCAUUUGAGAAGCGUCGGGACGCCACGGCCGUCUUCUGGGACAACGUGGUGUAUAUACUGGGCGGCUCGCAGCUGUUCCCCAUCAAACGCAUGGACUGCUACAAUGUGCUGAAGGACAGCUGGUACUCCAAGCUGGGACCGCCCACUCCACGCGACAGCCUGGCUGCCUGUGCUGCCCAGGGAAAGAUCUACACAUCCGGGGGGUCAGAAGUAGGCAGCUCCGCCUUGGACCUUUUUGAGUGCUAUGACACCCGGACAGAGUCGUGGCAGGUGAAGUCCAGCAUGCUCAUGGCCCGCUGUAGUCAUGGAUCUGUGGAGGCCCAUGGCCUCAUCUACGUAUGUGGAGGAACAGUGGGGAACAACGUGUCUGGCAGAGUCCUCAACAACUGUGAGGUCUACGACCCCAACACACAACAAUGGCGGGAGCUAUGUGGAAUGAAAGAAGCCAGGAAGAACCACGGACUGGUUGUGGUCAACAAUCGUAUCUACGCUGUAGGAGGACAGGGAGCCCUGGGGGGACUGGACUCAGUAGAAUACUACGACAUCAUGACCAACGAGUGGCGUGCUGCGGCACCCAUGCCGUGGCGCGGCUUAACAGUGAAGUGCGCCGCAGUAGCCGGUGUCAUUUAUGUUCUGGCAGGGUUCCAAGGAGUCGGGCGCCUUGGACAUGUCCUAGAGUACCACACCGAUACUGACAGGUGGGUGACCUGCAGCAAGGUCAAGGUGCGAGCGUUCCCCGUCACCAGUUGCCUCAUCUGCGUAGUAGACACAUGCGGAGCCAAUGAAGACGAGGACAUGGACCUCAUAGACUCUCAGACCCAUACACUUAUAGCAUCUUCAGCCGCCUCAUCUUCAUAGUACAUAUGAGAGAAGUCAUAUGCUGUAUGUUAAGGUGUUACAUUUAUGUGCCGUGUUAAGCAACACCGUGGACUGUGGAGUCGAUUUCAACAAGCGGGGACUUGACGUAGUUUUGGAAUCAUGUCUGUACAGCACCUUUAUGUGUUUAUGCAUGCACAUCGGGUAGUCAGUUACCCGCGUUUUUAACGAUACCCUGUGAUCAGCUCUCAACCGACAAGUUUUAUCAGUUUUUAUGUUACUUUUAUAUGGUUCAAAGUGAGUGUGUUGAACGUUCCCCGACUGGAUUUCUCGUGGACUUUAUUUGGAGCCACUCGAACCUAGUCUAGGUUUAAAACGUAACCGAGGAAGCUGCCAUUUGAAUUCCCAGAGGGUUUGGGAAAAUCUUUAAGAUGGUAAGAAUGGCAAAUUCUUUAAAAAAAAAAAAAAUCUAGACCGUCAGUAGUUGUACACAUAUUUUUAGGUUCUUUGUGAAGUACUGUACAUUUUAAUCAAUGUAUGACUAUAUGCUUCUGUACCAUGGUGAAACAACUUGAAAACAAGUCAUGAUUUUAUGAUGAAUGAAUAAACAUUUUAUUCCAACAUUUGUGGUGUGAGCUCACCCAAAAAAAAAAAAAAAAAAAAAACUUGCCCAGUAUCAGAAUUUACAAAAAUUAAUAUCAAUGGAUCUGGUUUGUUCUUUCACUAAACAAAUUAGUAAACAAUUCCAGAGCACCAGUGCAAAUGGAUUAAGGCAGUCAGGGAUAAAAUGACAUAAGCAGCAGUGGACGACACACACAAACACAUUCGGGUGAAAGUGGCUCAGGAGAUAGGGCAGGUUGUCUGGUAACUGGUGGGUUGCCGGUUCGAUCCUUGAGGUGACCUUGAGCAAGACACCUAACCCCUAACUGCUCCUGAUGAGCUGGUUGUUACCUUACAUGGUUGACACCGCUGAGAGAGAGAGAGUGUGUGUGUGUGUGUGUGUGUGUGUGUGUG